UACGUUAAGUUGGGACGUGAUUAAAUAUAGAAACAACCCCUAACAAAAAUGAAUACCAUUAGUCCUCUCUAAGUAAUUUGACAUUCUAUGAUAGUCUUGAUAUAGACUACUUAUCUUUUAUCUAAGCCACUUUAUGAAACUCGUGCUUAUGUGCAAAGUAUGAGUGACGGAUUUCCUUUAUGAAUUGUGUAAUUAUUCGCGUUAACCUUUCAAGCAGUCGCGUAAGUUUGUGGAAGGUUAAUGUACAUAAAUAAUUACUAUUAUAAAAGGAGUUCAUAACGAAACUUUAAAAAAAAUCCUCCUUUAACUCGAGCAAUUAUUAUAUUUUGUAAAAAAAAAAAGUUGUUUCUUUGAUUAUAUAUACGAUUAUUUCUUAAUAAGAAAUUUAUCUUAAUGGAUCGUCUCAAAGAACGUCAUAAUCCUUACCCUGAACGAAAACCCCUUAGUAACGUUAAUGUCAUUAAAUGUAAAGGACGUGGUCGCGGGAAAAGUUUAAGAGUUCCGAGUGGAAAUAUACCCUUUGAUAGAAAUCCACAAUUUCGCGGUCUUCAACCUCCAAGUCCUUUUUGGGACGAGACUAAAACUUUCGAGCCACCUCCAGCUCCAAAUAUGUUUGACCUUCUUAUAAACGGUAAUGAACAUGGUGGCCAAGACACUAAUGUUAAAAUUAAUAAAAAUGAUCCCGCUUUUCUUGAAGCGCGUCUUGCGCUUGAACGUCCUUGUCGAACCUUGUUCAUUAGAAAUAUUCAGUAUGGUACUAAAACUGAACUUGUUCGGUCGAAAUUUGAAGAGUAUGGAGAGAUAAGAGAUAUCUUUGAUAUAAUUGAGAAGAGAGGAAUGUUAUUUCUUAGUUUUUAUGAUAUUCGAGCUGCCGAGAAAGCAAAGGUAGAGAUGCAGAACUAUGAAUUUGGAGGUCGCAAGAUUGAUGUACAUUAUUCAUUACCAAAAGAGAAUGAAGAAUUAAUUUAUUGUGAUAGGGAUAAGAAUCAGGGUACACUUUUUAUAACACUAAAAGAGGGAAAAGUUCCACUUGAUAAUGAUGCAUUAAUAAGUCAUUUUUCUCAAUUUGGUGAAGUCAAAAUUGUUAGAGAAUAUCGUACUCAUCCAAAUCAAAGGUUUGUAGAAUUCUGGGAUAGUCGAGCAUGUAUACGCGCUCAUGAUGCAACUUUAAAUGCAGAAUAUAAUGGAGGAUAUUUUGAUUGUAAAUUUGCUUGGGAUGUAUCCGCGAAACAAAGAGCGGGAAAUAUAAUAAAUCGUCUCUCAAUAAGAGGAAACGAAUUGGCAAUUAAUCGCCCUACAGAUGUUAAUAAAUUCGAAAGAAUUCCGUUUCACGAACAUGCCGAUGAAAAUUUUAUCAAUAGACCAACUGAAGUUGAAGAUUUUCUUAAUCGAUUGAGUCCACAACUUUUAACUGGUGAAAUGAAUCAAUGUUACCCUGAAAAUGGAUACCCAUGUGCCCGAGAUGUUAACGAAUAUUCGCCUGAAAAUGGAUAUAAUGGAGCGGCAUUUCCUUCACCACAAUCCUCACAAAAUUCUUCGCCACCAAAUCAACGGGUUAUAUCUCAAACUCAAUUCGCUCACAUGAAGGCCGAAAACAAAAAUAUGAUCGAUUUUGGACCAUUGUCGGAAACGGAACGUUUGGAACAAGCUAAUAAGGUUCAACAGAUGAUUUCUAUGAUCGCGGCUACACAAUUAGCUCAAGUUACCGCACAAGCACAGGCACAGGCACAGGCUCAAAUACAAGUUCAGACUCAAGCUCCACAGUCAAAUGGGCCGUUGUUUCCAGGACUUGUUGGAAUAUCACAAAUGCAUAAUCACGCAACGUUUACACCUUCAAUCAAUUGUAAUACAGUGAAUCCUGUAUUAGGUAAUACGGUUUAUAAUAAUAAUGCGUUGGGAAUUACUCCAGGUGUUAAUCCUGUUGUGAAUCCCGCAUUUUUAAAUGCGAUUGUUAAUGAGAUUAGUGCUGGUCAAAACCUUCAAACUUCACAAGCUAUUACUUCAGAUAAGAAUAAUAAUAAUAACAUUCAAAAAUCUAACUCGAUUCGCGUUAAUGAAUUGUUGGCUUUAUUGGUUCAAAAACAACAAAUUGAAGCGAAUUCUGCUUUGUUACAACAGCAGCAACAAUAUGUUGGCACUAAUCAAUACACUCCUUAUAAUAACAUUAAUAACCAACAACACGUUGGUUUUCAAUAUCCUUUAAUUUCUCAGCAACAACCUUUUCAACAAGUUACAUCUUAUUCAAAUCCCUAUGAAUCAUUACCAACACAACAGCAACCAAUUCAAUCUCAACAACAAUUAACAUCAUUUAUAAAUCAUUAUGUUUCUUCACCUCAGUCAUCAAAUCAAACAUCACCCCAACAACCCCAACAAUCUCAACAACCGUAAACAACAAAAAUUUGUCAAAUGUCAUUAUAGCAUUGAAUUUUAUUUUUUUUUUUAUCCCCCUCAGGUUUAUUCUAGCUAAUUCAUAUAAAAUUUCUUUUAUAUAAUGUAAAUAGCUUUUUUUUUCAUUUGCUUUUUUUCUGAAAAGGAAAGGCAUAAGAGGUUUUUUUUCAUUUUUAAGAGGUUUAAAUUUUAUGUAGGUAUAAUAAGAAAGGAAGUGAAAUGGGUUUAGUUUAAAUUU